CCGCCAUGCAGAUCGCCCACAGCUACUGUCCCGGGAGCCCCCCCGACGCAGGAGAUGAGCAGGGGCUGGGCCUGUGUCGGGGCGAGGUGGACUUCGGAGGGUCCGGGAAGAAGCGGAGCAAGUUCGUGAAGGUGCCCAGCAGCGUGGCCCCCUCUGUUCUCUUUGACUUGCUGCUGGCUGAGUGGCACCUGCCGGCCCCCAACCUGGUGGUGUCCCUGGUGGGUGAGGAGAGGCCUUUUGCCAUGAAGUCCUGGCUGCGGGACGUCUUGCGCAAGGGGCUGGUGAAGGCGGCUCAGAGCACAGGCGCCUGGAUCCUGACCAGCGCUCUCCGUGUGGGCCUGGCCCGGCAUGUCGGCCAGGCUGUGCGUGACCACUCCUUGGCCAGCACGUCCACCAAGGUCCGCGUGGUGGCCAUUGGCAUUGCCUCAUUGGACCGCAUUCUGCACCACCAACUUCUAGAUGAUGCCCAGGUAGUAGAGAACACCCCCAUCCACUAUCCAGCCGACGAUGGGGGCAGCCAGAGCCCCCUCUGCGCCCUGGACAGCAACCUCUCUCACUUCAUCCUGGUGGAGCCGGACACCCCAGGGAAGGGGGACGGGUUGGCAGAACUGCGGCUGAGGCUGGAGAAGCACAUCUCGCAGCAGAGGACCAGCUAUGGGGGCACUAGUAGCAUCGAGAUCCCUGUCCUUUGCCUGCUGGUCAAUGGUGACCCCAGCAUCCUGGAGAGGAUUUCCAGGGCUGUGGAGCAUGCUGCCCCCUGGCUGAUCCUGGCAGGCUCAGGUGGCAUCGCGGAUGUGAUUGCUGCCCUGGUGAGCCAGCCCCACCUCCUGGUACCCCAGGUGGCUGAGAAGCAGUUUAGAGAGAAGUUCCCCAGUGAGCAUUUCUCCUGGGAGGCCAUCGUGCACUGGACCAAGCUGCUACAGAACAUCACCUCUCACCCGCACCUGCUUACCGUGUACGACUUCGAGCAGGAAGGCUCCGAGGACCUGGACACCGUCAUCCUCAAAGCACUGGUGAAAGCCUGCAAGAGCCACAGCCAAGAGGCCCAGGACUACCUGGAUGAGCUCAAGCUGGCCGUGGCCUGGGACCGCGUGGACAUCGCCAAGAGUGAGAUCUUCAGUGGGGACGUGGAGUGGAAGUCCUGCGACCUGGAGGAGGUGAUGAUGGAUGCCCUGGUGAGCAACAAGCCCGAGUUUGUGCGCCUCUUUGUGGACAGCGGUGCCAACAUGGCCGACUUCCUGACGUAUGGGCGGCUGCAGCAGCUCUACCGCUCUGUGUCCCCCAAAAGCCUGCUCUUUGACCUGCUGCAGCGUAAGCAUGAGGAGGGCCGGCUGACGCUGGCUGGCCUGGGUGCCCAGCUCUCCCGGGACCUGCCUGCAGGGCCACCCACCUUCUCCCUGCACGAGGUCUCCCGCGUGCUCAAGGACUUCCUGCAUGAUGCCUGCCGCGGCUUCUACCAGGACAGCCGGGCGGCCGGCCGGAGGAAGGCGGAGAGGGGGCCAGCCAAGAGGCCCACUGGCCAGAAGUGGCUGCUGGACCUCAACCAGAAAAGCGAGGACCCCUGGAGAGACCUGUUCCUGUGGGCUGUGCUGCAGAACCGCCACGAGAUGGCCAAUUACUUCUGGGCCAUGGGCCAGGAGGGUGUGGCAGCAGCCCUGGCCGCCUGUAAAAUCCUCAAAGAAAUGUCCCACCUGGAGACAGAGGCAGAGGUGGCCCGCACCAUGCGUGAGGCCAAGUACGAGCAGCUGGCCCUGGACCUCUUCUCCGAGUGCUACAGCAACAGCGAGGACCGGGCCUUCGCCCUGCUGGUGCGCCGUAACCGCAGCUGGAGCCGGACCACCUGCCUGCACCUGGCCACUGAGGCGGACGCCAAGGCCUUCUUUGCCCAUGACGGCGUGCAGGCGUUCCUGACCAAGAUCUGGUGGGGGGACAUGGCUGCAGGCACACCCAUCCUGCGGCUGCUGGGCGCCUUCACCUGCCCUGCCCUCAUUUACACCAACCUCAUCACCUUCAGUAAGGAAACCCCUCUGAGGACGGGCCUGGAGGACCUGCAGGAGCUGGACAGCCUGGACACAGAGAGGAGCCUGCUGUGUGGCUCGGGCAGCCGGGUGGAGGAGCCAGUGGAGGCACCAAGGGGUGCAGGUGACCGAGGCCCGCAGGCCGCCUUCCUGCUCACACGCUGGCGGAAGUUCUGGGGGGCACCGGUGACUGUGUUCCUGGGGAACGUGGUCAUGUACUUCGCCUUCCUCUUCCUUUUCACCUACGUCCUGCUGGUGGACUUCAGGCCGCCUCCCCGGGGGCCGUCUGGGCCCGAGAUCACCCUCUACUGCUGGGUCUUCACACUGGUGUUGGAGGAAAUCCGGCAGGGCUUCUUUACGGAUGAGGACACACACUUGGUAAAGAAGUUCACUCUGUACGUGGAGGACAACUGGAACAAGUGUGACAUGGUAGCCAUCUUCCUGUUCACCGUCGGUGUCACCUGCAGGAUGCUCACCUCCUUAUUUGAGGCCGGCCGGACCAUCCUGGCCAUCGACUUCAUGGUCUUCACGCUUCGGCUCAUCCACAUCUUUGCCAUCCAUAAGCAAUUGGGCCCCAAGAUCAUCAUUGUGGAGAGGAUGAUGAAGGAUGUCUUCUUCUUCCUCUUCUUCCUGAGCGUGUGGCUCGUGGCCUACGGUGUGACCACCCAAGCGCUGCUCCACCCCCAUGACGGCCGCCUGGAGUGGAUCUUCCGCCGCGUGCUCUACCGGCCCUACCUGCAGAUUUUUGGGCAGAUCCCCCUGGAUGAGAUUGACGAAGCCCGUGUGAACUGUUCCGUCCACCCCCUGCUGCUGGAGGACUCGCCCUCCUGCCCCAACCUCUAUGCCAACUGGCUGGUCAUCCUCCUGCUGGUCACCUUCCUGCUGGUCACCAAUGUGCUGCUUAUGAACCUGCUCAUUGCCAUGUUCAGCUACACGUUCCAGGUGGUGCAGGGAAACGCCGACAUGUUCUGGAAGUUCCAGCGCUACCACCUCAUCGUGGAAUACCACGGGCGCCCCGCCCUGGCCCCACCCUUCAUCCUCCUCAGCCACCUGAGCCUGGUGCUCAAGCGCGUCUUCAGGAAGGCAGCCCAGCAAAAGCAGGAGCACCUGGAGCGAGACCUGCCGGACCCCCUGGACCAGAAGAUCGUCACCUGGGAGACUGUUCAGAAGGAGAACUUCCUGAGCAACAUGGAGAGGAGGAGGAGGGACAGUGAGGGGGAGGUGCUGCGGAAAACCGCCCACAGAGUGGACUCUGUUGCCAAGUACCUCGGGGGGCUGAGAGAGCAAGAAAAGCGGAUCCGGUGUCUGGAAUCACAGGUCAACUACUGCACACUGCUCCUGUCCUCCAUGGCUGAUGUGCUAGCCCCGGGCAGCAACUACUGGAGUAAGUGCACAGCUGGCUGUGAACUGGGCCUGGGCUCCUCCUCCCCAGCCACGUGGGCAGGCUGCAGGGCCCAAGGGCCUCUUGAUGCACUCUACCACCCAUUCUGGAGGCCGCUGGCCCCCUUGGCUGGCCACUACUCCUGGGAUGCUGCAAGGUCCAGGGCAUUGGCACCCUCAGAUGUCAGAUACACCCCGAGGCUCUGUCCAAUAUCUGCCUUACUAGGCUGCACUCUUGACCCUGCCAAGUGCCACCCUAUCACCCACAGCCCUGAGGACACCACGUUUGCUUGGGACUCCCAGCCUCCUCCACAGGCACCCACUCUGAGGCCACGACAUCCUGCCCUUGCCUCCUAGGCCUGCCCCGCUGGCACUCAACAGCUGAGGCGGGGUCUCUCUUCCCCCCAGGCUCUCGGCAAUGUGGUAAUGGGAGCCAGCAGGCCCCUGCUGGCCACGGAGAAGGCCCUGGUGGCAGAGAACACCCAGAGGCUGGCCAGCCACCCUCAGACAACUGAGCUGCUUGGUCUGCCAUGCCACAGGCCCAACUAAGCCCAGGCCUGGCCCUUCACUGGUCAUCCUGGGCCUUGGGGACACAUUAACCUUCCCCCACCUCCACUGGAGGUCCCAGAGCAAAGUAGCCCUCCCAGCCUCAUCAGAACACCUCUUCCUGGACAUGUCCCUGUGAAGUUGAAUCAUUCUCUCUUGACCUACCUGGGACCCCCAGCAAUAUUGGUGGCAGUGUCCCUCACAGGAUAAGUCCUCCAUGUCCCUGUUUAAGACCUGGCUGGCCUGGCUUGGAGAGCCAGUUCUGGCCAAACCCCAGGAAGUUGGGGGUUCCUUCCAUCCAGGUUGGGCAGCUGCUUUGGGGCCUGCCCUGCCUCCACUUGUGUCAUCUGAUAAGAAACUAUCUUUUCCUGAAAUGCCUGUGAUCAACGUCUCUACCCCUUAAGACACAAAGGGCCCCUUAGGAGUCAGCUGAUUGGCUCUUGGUGGGAAGGGCCAGGUGGCAAUAGUAACCAUCUACCCCCCACAGCUGGUAUGGGGAGUGCUGGCACCCACGGCAGUGGUCUCAGGACACAGCCCAGACAGGUGCCUAAUACUACUUUAUUUUCAAAGAACCUGGAAACCACAACCCACCAGCCCAGACCAAACUGGCUCCAAAGGAUGGCUAAGGUGCCCAGGAUGUUGAGUAUCAGUACCUCUGAGGGCAGUAAGAAGGCCUACUGCCCCAUGCACAUGGAGCCUGACCUCCUGGAGUCCCCCACUCCAAGCAAAGUAACCAACUGGUUGGUCCCUCCUUUCCUUAGGGAUGAGUCCAGGAGUUAGGGCUGCCCAUGCAAAACCACAACAUAAUAGGCUAAUCUGACCCCCAGAUCCUGGGCAUCAUAGGGGAGAUGUGGCCACUCCUUUUCGCCUUACCCACUGCCAUGGAGAACCAUCCUUGUCCCCCCACUGCCCAGUUAGGAAGUCUCCAGCGCUGACUUGUGGUAUCUGUGCUCUAAAUACAGGCCAGGUGUCCUGGCGGUACACCCUA